CUGGUAAAUAACUGUUGUCCUGUAGGUACAUCCCAGUGCUGAUGGCCCAGGCUAAGAUCUACUGGUAUAUAACUGUUGUCCUGUAGGUACAUCCCAGUGCUGAUGGCCCAGGCUAAGAUCUACUGGAACAGGGAGAACUACCAGAUGGUUGAGAAGAUCUUCCGUAAGUCGGUGGAGUUCUGCAACGAACACGACACCUGGAAGCUCAACGUGGCUCACGUUCUCUUCAUGCAGGAGAACAAGUACAAGGAAGCCAUCGGCUUUUACGAACCCAUCGUUAAGAAGCACUACGACAAUAUCCUGAAUGUCAGUGCUGUUGUGCUGGCUAACCUGUGUGUCUCCUAUAUCAUGACCAGCCAGAACGAAGAGGCUGAAGAACUGAUGAGGAAGAUCGAGAAGGAGGAAGAGCAGAUCUCCUACGACAACCCCGAUAAGAAAGUCUUCCACCUCUGUAUAGUCAACCUGGUUAUAGGGACCCUGUACUGUGCCAAGGGGAACUAUGACUUCGGCAUCACCCGUGUCAUCAAGAGUCUGGAACCGUACAACAAGAAGCUGGGAACAGACACCUGGUUCUAUGCUAAGCGCUGUUUCCUGUCUCUGCUGGAGAACACGGCCAAACACAUGAUCAUGAUCAGGGACUCAGUUGUUCAAGAGUGUAUUCAGUUCCUGGAGCACUGUGAAGUGUAUGGUAAGACAGAGCCAGCCAUGAUAGAACAGCCACUGGAGGAGGACAGGAUGCACAUUGGAAAGAACACCGUCACCUACGAGUCUCGCCUCCUCAAAGCUCUCUUCUAUGAGGUCAUCGGAUGGAACCAGUGAUGUCAUACUACAACGGAACAGAGCCCGUGAUGUCAUCGGACAGAACCCGCUGAUGUCAUCGGACAGAACCAGUAGUUUACACUAAAGCCUUUUUUUAAACCUGUUCUACACCCCAAACAGUUCAAAUCUAUCAACCUGGACCACAUCACAUGAGCUAUUAUAGUACAUUAUAUAUUUGGCUUGUUGUUAUUUUCUGCAUCAUCUGAAAGUUACAAGCUGUUGUUCUGACUUCUGUUAAACAUAUUCUGGACUCA